AUGGAGAAAGUCAUCGCCGCAGAUUUGCCGCUUCAACUUAUCCUAGAACAUGCAUUUUCGGAUCUGGAAAGUACGAGUGAUAUGCGAGAAUUGAUGAGCGAGUUUUUAAAAUAUCGAGUGAGUUGCCCCCGAGACAUCUAAAAUUUGAGAAAUAUUUUCCAGCUUGUGAAUAGCAAAUUCUCAAUUCACGUCAAAAAAUUGUUGUGUAGAGAGUUCAAAGAUAUUCGCGUCCAAAAUCAAGUCCGAUUUGAUGAUAGGAAAUGGUGAGUUUACCUGUUUUUGCAGAAUUGUUCCGUCAUUUUCCAUAUCAAAGUAUUUCAGGAUUCUCACUGGUCUCAUGAAGUCUUAUGACUUGACAAACCACAAAGUUGCGAUUAAUGGGAAUUCAUUGAAACUUGGAGAAGUUCGAAGUUUUGUGAAGUUCCUGGCUACAAAACAAGAUGUCAAUAUUAAUAGCUUGGAAUUUUUCCCCAUUGAAGAUGACAGUUUUGGAGUUCCUCCACAGGAUCGUGAGUUAAACUUUAUAAAACACAUAACUUAGAACUAAGUUCUUAUUUCAGUCUCAAAACUUGUUGAAAAUAUGAAUGAAAUCAUGGAAGAAUCUUAUAAAUUCGUGAAUCAUGCGUUUCGAAAAUAUGGAAAAUUAUCAGAUCUCCCAAAAUCAUCGCAUUACGAACAAAUUGUUUUAACAUCCACAUUUCUCGAAAAUUCAGCAAACGAAUUGCUGGAAUUGGAAGAAUCUGAGAGAGUUUUAGAGAUUCUUGAGGAAUCUUUUGGAAGUUUGACUUGUGAAAGAUUGGUGAUGGUUUUAACAGAUAUGAUAACUGCAAAUGACCCGAAUUUAUUAUCAAAAAUGAAAGUUCCAGUUUUUUAUCCUCUCGAAAUUCUACGAACCAUGUUAUUGAAACUAAAGUGAGUUUGGAUCAGAUUUUAAAAAAUCUAUAUAAAUAUUUUCAUCGAACUUCAGACCAAAAUUUCUUCACCUCAAACUUCGUUCGGAAAAUGUUGAUUCAGUUGAUGAUGCAUAUCGAAUGGAUUGGGAUGAAUUUGAUGUGUUCACCAAUUUUGUUCUUUACAAUUCUCCUGAAUUCUCGGAACUUCUCAAUAUUUCACUAGGAGAUGAACUACAAGAUAUUGUUUUGAUUUUAGACCCGAAAUGUGCUUUGACAUGGUCUCAAACUUUAAAUUCUGGUGGAUAUGAAAAUAUUGGACGAGAUUAUUUAUCGCUGCUUCCUAUGAAGAGAAUAUAUUUUACUCGAAUAUUGACUGUUGAUGUGGAAUUGACUACAGUAUGUUUGGGAGCAAAUUAGGGCUGCAAAUUUUUGGCCCGAUUUUUCAGAAGAUUUCCAGAGCCAUUUGGAAAUUGUUGAACAGUUUGGCUCGGAGAUUAAUUCCACAUAUAUUUUUUCUGCAUUUUCAGAGCAGCCAAAUCAUGUUUGAAAUCGACGAUCUGAUGAAAAUCUUCUGGAAAAAUCCGAAUAUCUCCAAAAAUCGCGAAUUCUUUUGCACUAUUGAAUUGAAAAGGAAAAAUAAUCAAGGCGAAUUUUUGAUUUCAAAAAAAUUGGUGAAAAAAAGCAUACCUCGAUCUUUUAAUGAUCGACAACUUCGAGUUCAAUACAAUUACAAAAACUGCGAGUCAAUGUUCGAGAAAAAAUCGAUAUCUGAAUUCCAGGAAAUUAUCUCGAUUUUUGACACAACUUCGGUGAUUCACAUUAAUUUAGUCAGUUGAUUUGUUAUUUUUUUUUGUUCUCCUUUUUGUUAUGUUUUGUUUAUAUAUUGAAUAGAAUAUACUCUGUUUCUCUAACUCUCUCUCAUUCUCUAUUUAGAGUUCGUUAUUAUUUUGAAACAUACAUAUAUUUCUAGAAAAGUUCCGAUUUUCUUAUAUAACUUGUUGGUUGCUAGGCACUAAUUAGCCUAACUAUAAUCGAACAAUUGUUAUCGAUUAUGCCGUUUUUCGGUGGAAAAAAGAGCGAGAAGAAGCAGGAAGUUGGACCAAGUUCAGGCUAUCCAAGACAAGCCCCAAUAUCAAACUCACCACAACCACCACAGCCAAUUUAUCAGGUAUGUUUCGGGAAUUUGAAAUAUUAAAAAUGAAAAAAUUUCGCAAUAUUUUUAUUUAGAACACCUCGCAAAAUGUGGUUCACGUGAUAACUCGAAAUGAAAAUCCGGGAUUUUUCGAGCGACUUUUUGAUGGGCCGGAUUAUACAAACGCAGUUCACGAUCCCAGGAUUCCGCCGGCUCCCGGAAGCUAUUUUGUUGUCUCGGUGAGGACUUUUAUUGAAAAAUAUAUGUUUAUUGAAAUGAAAUUUCAUAUAAUUUUUAUCGGGGAAUUUGAAUCGAAAAAUGUGACUAGUUUCUUGUAGAAAUUUCAAUUAAAAAAAAUAUGAUUGAACCAAAAAAACUUGACAACUAUUUUAAAAUAAACAAUUGGAAAAAAUUCCACCUAGAAAACUGGGCUCAUAGAAAAUUUUAUGGGAAAAGUGAAUUUUUGAGGAAAAUCCCCCAAUCUCUUAUCAAAAAUAAAAUCAAUUAAUUUCUCCAAAUUCCAGCAAAGCCCUCAAAUGCAAAUGCAGCCACCAAUGAUGCAACCACCACCAAAUUUCAUGCACCAAAAUCCCUCUUCUCAUCCUUCUUCAUCUUCUUCCUCAUCAACACUUCCAUCAACUUCAAAUCUUCCACCACCACCAACCUACGAAGAUGUUUUGGCGCAAGAAAUCAAGAAAAAAUUGUGAAUAAAAACUUUAAAAAUGUCUUUACAUAAUUUUAAUAUUAUCAAAAUCAUGUUUAUUUGAUUGAAGAAAUAUCUUUUCGUUUUUGUUGCCACGUGUUAUUGGCUACAUUGUAGCCAAGACGGUACAAAGUGCGAAACAAAAAACUUUUUUUGUGUACCUGCGUCUCGUUGUCUCUCUUAUCGACUGGAUUUUUUCCAUCAUUCAACACAACAAAAAACAGAUAGCAGUGUUCAUAUUUUUGUUGUUUUUUGUUGUUGAUUGAUAAAAAAUAGUAUAAUGACGCUACUUUUUGUUAUAAUAGUUAGCAGCAAUUUUCUUAUAUUUUUUAGAAAAAACUUUGUUCCAAAUUUUCAUUCAAAAAAUUGUUCGAACUCGAACAGAUAUUACGUGGCAAACAUUUUCAUAGCUCAUUCAUUUUGAUUUAGAAAUUAAGUAAUUAUCCGAAAUUCUCCACCUCCCAUAAAAACCUGAUAUUUAUAAAAUUUUACGAAAAAAAGUUGACCUAAAAUAAAAACAUUUGUUAUCAGAACUUGUUUAUCAACAUUUUUUGAUGUUGUCUGCAAAGUGCAAUUGAACUUUUUUGUUUUGGUUUUAAAAGGGUUGGUUAUUGGUUUGGUUUUAUUUCAUAGUUUAGGGUUUGAUAAAAUUAAAGCACUUUUCAGGCUGAAAAUGAAAAUUGUGACCCUUAUGAACAGAAAUUUCGAAAAAAAGUAAAAUUAUUUCUUUUUUCGUUUUCUCAAAUUUUUCUGUGUCUUUUUACACAAUUUAAAAUUCCAAAUUUGCAGAAUGUCGGACGUUCUUCUAAAUUUCAUCGCCGGCGGCGUCGGUGGUUCAUGCACAGUUAUUGUUGGUCAUCCAUUCGACACUGUCAAAGUCCGCAUUCAAACAAUGCCUCUUCCAAAACCCGGUCAAAAACCACUUUUCACCGGAGCCCUUGAUUGUGCAAAACAAACCAUUGCUAAAGAGGGAUUUUUCGCAUUAUACAAGGUGAGUAAUUAGCUAAUUAAUAAAGUACUGUAUCUAAUUUCAAAAUGUUUAGGGAAUGGCUGCUCCACUCGUCGGAGUUUCUCCACUUUUCGCAGUGUUUUUCGGAGGUUGCGCAGUUGGAAAAUGGCUCCAACAAACUGAUCCAAGUAUGAUUUUUUUUUGGUUGAUGAUGUCCAUUUAAAUAUUUUGAAUUUAGAUCAAGAGAUGACAUUUAUUCAAAAUGUGAAUAGCGGAGCAUUGGCUGGAUUAUUUACAACUGUUGUUAUGGUUCCUGGAGAGAGAAUAAAGUGUUUGUUACAGGUAAUUUUUUUUGAAAUUUGAAAAAUGAAUUUGUGUAGAUAUCUAGAAGUUUUAGAAAAAUGAAACCCAUAUGAAAAAUUAAUAGAGCAUUUGGAUCAUUUUUUUGGAAUCUCUAGUUUUGCGAAAAAAAACCGGGAAAUUUCUUAUAAUAAAAAAUCAUGAGAAGAUUCUUACUUUUCGGAACUUUGACUAAAAAUAUUGAGAAGUUUGUAACCUGAAAUUCCCUUUGAAAAAUUCUGUUGUUCCAGGUACAAUCAGCGGGUACAGCUGUUUCCGGAGUGCAUUACGAUGGACCAGUUGAUGUUGUCAAAAAAUUGUAUAAAUCCGGUGGAAUCGCAUCGAUUUAUCGAGGAACUGGUGCCACACUUCUUCGAGAUAUUCCAGCAUCAGCUGCUUAUUUAUCAGUCUAUGAAUUUUUGAAGAAGAAGUUCUCGGGUGAAGGAUCACAACGAACACUUUCGCCUGGAGCAACUUUGAUGGCUGGAGGAUUAGCUGGAAUUGCUAAUUGGUUAGUUGGUUUUGGGAAUUUUUGGAAUAGAAUUUUUCUUUGAAAAUAUGGAAAAUAUACCUCUAAACAUACCACGCCCAGCUUCGUGCAGAUAAAAUUUAAAAAUUGGCUCUGUGGGUUUUGAAAUUUUUUGGCGAGGUGAAAACAACGUUUUCGAUUGAAAAGUACGAAUUUUUACGAAAAAACAAGCAACAAUUCGCUGUUUUUCAAGAAAAUCUAAAAUUGGCGAUGUGAAUUUCCGUAUUUUUUAUUGGCGCCGUGCAAAUGCCUCACCCUGGGCGUGGUAUGCCUCUAAAGUAGGCAGGUUUAAAAACAUAUAAAGGAAAGAGAAAGUGAGUUAAGUGGGAAGAAGUAGAACACAAUUGGGAGAGUUAAGAGUACGCGGGAAACCGUUUCGACCUUUUCAUCAGAAAAUAAAAAGGAGAUGUUCAAAUUUUAAAAUCUGAAAAAUUGAAGGAAAAUUCCAGAUAAAAUUUGAUUUUCCUUCUGAUAAAUUUUUGAGCCAGAAUUUCAAAAUUUUCUGAAAUUCAAUUGAUCAGAAAGCGAAGUCACAAUAAGUUAUCCCAAAUCGAAUUCAAAAACUCCUUUCCAGGGGUGUUUGUAUACCAGCUGAUGUUCUAAAAUCACGUCUUCAAACCGCUCCAGAAGGCAAAUAUCCAGAUGGAAUUCGCGGAGUUUUACGAGAAGUUCUUCGAGAAGAAGGACCAAAAGCAUUAUUCAAAGGUUUCUGGCCAGUUAUGCUUCGUGCCUUCCCAGCAAAUGCUGCCUGUUUCUUCGGACUUGAGCUAACUUUGGCACUUUUCCGAUAUGCAGGAGUUGGCGGAAAUCCAACACCGGCUUCUGAAGUUGUGCCACUUCCUCAUGAUGAAUAG